CGUAGACCGGAGAUAAUAAUACUACAUUCGCAGUCAACACAGAGAAAUUGCUUGGUGCAAACCAACAGUCAUCGCUCCAGGGCGAGAAAUGCCGCCACGCCUUUCGCAUCACAAGAGCCGCCUGGGUUGCAAUCGAUGUAGAGCACGCAAGGUCAAGUGCGAUGAGGUUCACCCGCGGUGUGGCGCGUGUGCUCGGCAUGCCGUGUCGUGCGAAUAUCCACCGUUUCCGGCCCGAUCACUGCCGGAUACCUCCUCCCGGGUGAAGCACAAGAGAACAGCCGACCAAGAUCAACCUAUGCUCGACGUCGGCAAUUGUCCUCCAAUUGACUAUCGGAAUGGUCAGAGCCCAGCCAAGUUCGUGGAUGCCCGAAAUGAGAUGCUGGAAUUACAGCUCAUGCAUGAAUGGGUAGCAUAUGUCUGCGAGUCAAUAUGCACGACUUGGCGCUUCUGGAGAUAUCAAGCACCGGUCUUAGCGUUCAAACAUCGUCCCUUUCUCGACGCAAUGCUGGCUCUCUCAGCCUUAUAUGCGUCUCGGCAAAUGCCACGACAUUGGGUUACCGUCGAAGGGCGAAUGGUCUCUAUCGACGACGGUCGAAUCAACAGCAUGCCUCUUCCAGACAGCGCUCUGAAAGCCGGCGAGGAGUGGAAAGGGGUUAGCGACAACCCCGAAUAUUACUCAGCCUCAACGAGAUCGCCAUCCCGCCAUGGAGACCACGAACGCGACCUCGGCACAUUCGACAGCGCGUACAUGCUGCAUGUUUCUCGCGUCUAUUUCGACCGCGCUCUCGAGGCGCAAAGUCAAGCCGUGCUGACCCUACGACCGGAGAAUGUCCGCGCGACCUUCAUGUGCUCGGUGCUGGUCUCAUACUAUGCGCUAUUCACGCUCAGCGAGGAUGACUUGCCCGCUCCACCCUCACCGUCGGCACCGCCACCAUCGGAACCAUCCCCAGCGGCCUCAAUGUCACCACGCUCAGCGACGACCGCCUCCAACCAUCACCCAUCCAUCGCUCCAUCCACCCCUUCCCACCCCGACCUCCCUCCCGCCUACGAUGCCAUUCAAUGGUUCCGGCUGACCCACGGCACCGGCGUCAUCGUCCAACAAUGGAUGCAAUUCCCGAACGGCAGCGAAUGGUUCGAGGACGCCGGCGCCAUGUAUGGGCCCCCAGACCUCACCGAUCUCGCCGCCAUCUUCGCCCCACAGAACCGGAAGCCCUUCGCCUACCUGCUCUCCCCCAUCGACGGCGCCUCCUCCGGCGGCGGCUCCAGCGGAGGCAUCGCCGAAGAUCUCCUCCUCCCGCCAUCCUCCACCAACUCCACCGUGCCCCCCACCGCGACCAUCCUCUCCGCCUACGAAUCCGCCCUCUCCUACAUCGGCAGCAUCUACACCAAUCUCCCCCUCGCCGGCGGCAAGGACACCCCGCUCGCCACGUGUCGCCGCAUCAUGGCGUUGCCGUCGUGUCUCACGGGCACGCAUUUCCCCGGGCUGGUCAUCGAUGAUCGCGCGCCGCGGGCGUUGGCCAUGCUGGCGCAUGUUUUCGCCAUGAUGAAAUUGGUGGAUGAUCGCGUGCCGUGGCUCAAGGGGAUUGCGGAUCGGCAGGUCCCUAUGCUCUGCGCGAUGUUGCCGGAUACGCCCGGCUGGAGGGAGAUGGUGAGGUGGCCGAUGGCGGUCGUCAGGGGCGAGGGAGGGGGCUUGAUGGGCAGCUCAUGAUAGGUCUGAAACUAGUGGGAAAGGAUGUAUAGACGCGAAAGACGAUUAUUGUUGUCCCAUUGAUGAAAUGGUAUGAUGUUUCAUU